AUGUCCAACUUUAGAGGCCUUCCAGGAUUUCCAUCGUCAUCAAGAGGAAUCACAAGAGACGUUAUUCGAUCACAUAUGCAAACAAUGUUCUCUGUGACGUAUCCAUUGGAUUCUACCUCUCCAACUUCUCCUUUGGAUUUACCAAUUUUUUCAUCUAUUGGUGCUGCUGGUAACAGUUUGAGUAAUGCCUAUCAUGCCUACAAUGGUAGACAUAGCAAGGAUUCUGAUUGUAUUCCGAGGGAUAUUAUUUCUUUGAAACAAGUAACUGAUUGUCCAUUAGAUCCAAUCUUUGAUAUGCUCGGAGAAAGAGAAUUUUUGAUCAAGAAAUUACAUUUAAAACGAACACCACACAGAGUUGGACGUGCAAGACGUAACUUGCUAAGUCAAAUUAGAUAA